AACACUUCAUGGUACGAGCAAGCAGUACAGAGGUGUCAUGGGGCCUCCCUGCAGUUUGGGUCCGAGCAGGCUUAGAAAUGAGGAAGAACAAGAUGAAGAAUCCACUGGAGUACUGAGAGUACGAGUAGAAGAGAGUGUUUUUAGCAUAGACAGGGCCGUCCUCGGGAAGAACUGUGAGUAUUUUCGUGCCCUUUUCCGAUCUGGGAUGAAGGACAGCCAGUUGAAUGAGUUCCACCUGCAGGGAGGUCUGAAAGCGAGGGGUUUCCUCAUAGCCAUGGCGGUUUCUCGAGGUGAGAGCCCAGUUAUUCGAGACCCCGACGAAAUUGUGGAAGCUGCCGAAUGUGCGGCCUUUCUCCAAGUGGAUGUCCUAGUCCAGCACUUGAUAGACAUUCUUGAUACCGACAACUGCAUUCUUUUAUACCACACAUCAUCGGUGUACGGCUUGUGGAGGUUGUUUCACAGUGCUGCAGUGUAUAUUUGCGAUGCUUAUACCGACCUGCAGGACGCUAUCGAGACACUCCCAGAAGAGCUGAUCAGCUACGUGGAGUCCCUUUCACCAGCAUCAUUUGUUGCCCUAGGGACUCAUUCCCCAUCAAUGAAGAUCCUGCAGGACUGUUACAGGACUGUGUUUUACCUUGAUGAGAAACCAGGUAUUUGGAAAUACCUGACUGAUCUACCCACAGAAGCCAGCACCUCCAUGGCCGGCGUGGCCGUCGUGGACAACCGAUUGUAUAUCAUUGGAGGAGUGCGAGGAGUUAGCAAGGAAACAGUGGACUUGAGCUUCUGUUACAACACAGAAACUAACACUUGGAGUGUGUUUGAUGGUCCUCAGCAGUCCAGGUAUGACUUUACCCUGGUGGGUCACAAUGGAAACUUAUAUGCCAUUGGAGGAGAAUUUGACAAAAGGAUCAUGUCCUCGGUAGAAGUAUGUGAUGUUUCCACAGGCGCCUGGAGGUUUUGCAAGCAUGCGCCUCGUUCGGUGGCUGCGGCGGCUAGUGCUGUUGCAAGGCGUAGGAUAUUUGUGUGUUUCUGGAAGCCUCCGGAUACUACAGACAUCUAUGAAUAUGCACCAAAAAAUGACGAAUGGAUGCUGGUCACCACUAUGGUCAAGCCUCAGAGUUACGGACACUGCAUGGUGGCUCAUGGUGACAACUUGUAUGUCAUGAGGAAUGGCCCUUGUGAUGACUUCCUGCGCUGUCUCAUGGACUGCUACAAUAUUACUACAGGUCAGUGGACGGCCAUGCCCGGACACUACGUCAAUAGUAGAGGCGCCCUCUUCACGGCUAUGGUGAGGGGGAGCUCUGCAUUUACCGUCAACCGCAAUUUGACCUUGGAAUAUGUCAUUUGUGGUGACAAGUGGAAGCCUCGCAGACAGAUGACAGGUUUUCCAAAAAGUGGCUCACUUUGGACCUGCUUGCUUAGACUACCAAAGAACAUACAUACACAGCAGGAAGCAGAUGCAGAGGAAGCACUGGAGAUGGACGCUAAUUUGGAGAGUGUUGAAGAUGAUCUCAAAGAGGCAAUUCAUCCAACGUAGGGUAGACUGUUGUACCCAAACCUUUUUUUUCUGCUAGGCCUCUUUUUUGUAGAGAAAAGCAUUUUUAAGCCCCCCUCCAAACUAUAUUUCUCCACAAAUACAAAAUGAGAAACCUUUAACUUAUUCUGUUGAUGGCAAAUCAUCAGUGUCAUGUGAUUCUUUAGAAUUGAUUCUAACAUGCUGAGAAAACAUUUAUUGUUAUUACUUGAACUUUUUAAAAUACUUUGAGGAAUUUAUUUAUACGGGCUGCACGGUGGCGCAGUGGGUAGCACAUUUGCCUCACAGCAAGAAGGCCACUGGUUCGAGCCUCGGCUGGGUCAGUUGACGUUUCUGUGUGGAGUUUGCAUGUUCUCCCUGUGUUCGUGUGGGUUUCCUCCGGGUGCUCCGGUUUCCCUCACAAGUCCAAAGACAUGCGGUACAGGUGAAUUGGGUAGGCUAAAUUGUCCGUAGCGUAUGUGUGUGUAUGAGUGUGUAUGGGUGUUUCCCAGUGAUGGGUUGCAGCUGGAAGGGCAUCCGCUGCAUAAAACAUAUGCUGGAUAAGUUAGCGAUUCAUUCCGCUGUGCUGACCCCAGAUUAAUAAAGGAACUAAGCAGAAAAGAAAAUGAAUGGAUUGAAUAUGUAUACAUACCCACAUAAGACAUGAACUUGACAGCAAAAUUCUAUAGGACUUUUAAAAAUACUGUAAUGAGGACAGUACUACUUAACUACAUGGCAUGUCACUUUUCAGCUUCAUAUUACCAGAAGGCAGAAUUUUGAAGCACACAACACUCUGGUCGCUGUUCAUCCUAGGAUGAGAGAGGGCUCUUAAUUUCUUCCUGUCAUUUUAGAACUAUACAAGGACUUUUUCUUGUCUAUACAGCUGAUGUUGUAUUCUGUAUGCAUCAAUGUGUUAUUUCUGUCAAAGUAAGCUAUAUCUUUUCUGGAGUAAGCUACAUCAAAAUAGAAGAGCGUAUCAGUGUACUGUUUGGAUUUGUCUACACAUCCAGAAGACAGCAUAACUGAUUAUAGAUUGAUUUUAAUUUUAGGUAGAUUCAUUGUCUGCAUACAUCUACCUGGCAUUGCCAUUCCUUUCUCAAGGUUGUCUGAAUAGUGGACAUCCAUGCCUCUUUUUUUGUGGCUACCUGUGAUAGUGCAUUUUGAUUCUUCAGUUGUGCCAUCAAGUGGUCUGUUAAUUCAUGACAAUAACCACUAUAACAAACUGCUCAA